UUCGUUCACAGAGGGAGGGAGAAAGAGAGAGAGAAAGAUAGAGAGAGAGAGAGAGAGGAGGACGAGCAUCGCUUAUCUACAGACACAAUCAUCAUCGCAUCACUGAGCCACCAGCAAGCAAAAGGAAUAAAUGUGCGAUUGCCACGUCGUGUCACCGUCACAUAACGUGCUAUGGUCGUUUGUAGAGAUGAAUGUAUGUUGAAGGUUUUACGUUGGGCCAGAGGUACGGCUGAAGCGCGUAGCAGUGGCGUUAGCUCGUGGAGGAGGACCUGUUCUUGCACACCACAGUCUGCAAUGAUUGGACACUGCUGCGUUUAAUUGGACGAGUGCCUGCUUAAGAGCUGAUUGUUGGCACGGAUGCCAUGACUUAGAGACACGCCCGAAACCGAGAUGGAGAAAAAGAAACCGUGUCCCCGCCUCUUGGACUACCUGGUGGUAGUUGGAGCCAGGCAGCCCAGCAGUGACAGUGUGGCACAAACGCCUCAGCUGCUCAGACGCUACCCCCUAGAGGACCACACCGACUUCCCUCUGCCGCCUGACGUUGUCUUUUUUUGCCAGCCUGAGGGUUGCCUGAGCAUCCGCCAACGCCGGGUCAGCCUCCGUGAUGACACCUCUUUUGUCUUCUCCCUCACUGACAAAGACUCGGGCAUCACACGCUAUGGAAUCUGCCUUAACUUUUACCGCUCUUUCCAGAAGGGGCAUCAUCGCCCACGGGCCGAAGGAAAAGGAGACAAACCCCCUCAGACAGACCCUGCAGUGGAAGCUACAGAAAACUCCGACCCCUCCACAUUGACACUCCCUGGGGAAUCCACAGUGCCCCCUGCAGGAGACGGGACUUUACCACCAGGCGAGAUUGGUAACGAAGGAAAGUCGCCUCGAUCCAAACGCAGUGGCCGUGUGGCACCACAGAACCGGAACAGCACAUUAACGUCCUUGUGUAUUGUGAGCCACUACCCUUUCUUUUCUACGUUCAGGGAGUGUCUCUACAUCCUCAAGCGUAUGGUGGACUGCUGUAGCCAGCGGCUCAACCAGAGGCCUGGUGCCGGCAAGGCCACACAACGGGACACAAUGUGGCGUGUGUUUACAGGCGCCCUCUCUGUCGAGGAAAAAGAGAAGGGCAGUCUGGUUUUACAAGACCUAAGGGAGAUCGAGUCAUGGAUGUAUCGGCUGCUGCACUCCCCGGUGCCCGUUGCCGGUCAGCGACGCGUUGAUGUAGAAGUCCUCCCCCAUGACUUGCAGCCAGCGCUGACCUUUGCCCUUCCUGACCCCUCCCGAUUCAGCAUCGUAGACUUUCCUCUCCACCUGCCUCUGGAGCUGCUUGGGGUUGAUGCUUGUCUGCAAGUCCUUGCCUGCAUUCUCCUGGAACACAAGGUGGUACUGCAGUCCCGAGAUUACAACGCUCUGUCUAUGAGUGUCAUGGCAUUUGUGGCCAUGAUUUAUCCCCUUGAGUAUAUGUUUCCUGUCAUUCCACUGUUGCCCACCUGCAUGGCCUCUGCAGAACAGCUUUUGCUAGCGCCAACUCCGUAUGUUAUUGGCGUGCCUGCCAGUUUCUUUCUCUACAAGGCGGACUUUAAGAUGCCUGAUGAUGUCUGGUUAGUGGAUCUGGAUUGCAACAAGGUCAUCACUCCCACUAAUGCAGAAAUUCUCCCUCCUCUGCCCGAACCUGAGGCCUCCGAGCUGAAGAAACACUUGAAACAGUGUCUGGUAAGGUUGACUGUGAUCACCCAAAAGCAGAUCUUCGCCUCCGACACCAAGGCUCUGGCUAGCAUGAGUCUCAAUACGCAGCCCAUUCUGAAUCUAGAGAAGUUUCAAGAGGGGCAGGAGCUGUCCCUGAUGCCCCCUGGCCGUGACAAAGCUUCUCCCUCCUCUACUGAGUUUAACCCACUCAUCUACGGCAAUGACGUGGACUCCGUGGACGUUGCCACAAGAGUGGCAAUGGUGAGGUUCUUCAACUCUCCAAAUGUGCUACAAGGGUUCCAGAUGCACACCCGCACACUCCGUCUCUUCCCCCGUCCAGUGGUGGCGUUCCAGGCCACGUCUUUCCUGGCCUCACGGCCACGGAGAAAUGGAUUCACAGAGAAGCUCUCUCACACGCAGGCAGUGGAGUACUACGGAGAGUGGGCUCUCAGUCCCACUAACCUGGCGUUUCAAAGGAUUCAUAACAAUGUGUAUGACCCAUCUCUAAUCGGCGAUAAGCCUAAGUGGUAUGCUCACCAGUUACAGCCAGUUUUCUAUCGUGUGUAUGAUGGAAAUUCGCAUCUGGCAGAGGCACUUAGUGGACCACUGCAGGAUGAGGCCAAUGAUUCAGAUCCUACAGAUGACAGUGGGAGUGACAGUGAUGGAUAUGAUGACUCCAGCUCUUCCUACUCAUCUCUUGGAGACUUUGUGAAUGAGAUGAUCAAAGGAGACAUUCAGGGGGACACGCCAAAUGUUGACCCUCUGACUCAUGCUGCACUUGGGGAUGCAAAUGAGGUAGAGAUCCAUGACUUCCAAGAGUUCAAAGAAGAGAGUGGAGAACAAGACCCAGAUCCAGAGUGCCCCCCAGAGGCCUCAGAUGGCCAGCCGCUCCGGUCCAGCUCCAGCACCACAGCCAGUUCCAGCCCCAGUACAGUCAUUCAGGGAGUUAACCAUGAGCAGAAAGAACCUGUUGAGAUCGAGGCUCCGAGUAGCAUUGCUCUCCCGAACUCUGCUCCAAGAUUGGAUGUGCCGUCUUUUACAAGACCCGUACCCGAGCCGGUCCCUGUGGAUCCAGCCAAUAAGAAGCGAGAGUAUGAUAAUCCUUAUUUUGAGCCCCAGUAUGGCUUUCCUACAGAGGAUGAAGCUGAAACAGACGAGCAGGAGGAAAGCUACACACCACGAUUCAACCAGAAUCUUAAUGGCAACAAACCAUCUCGGCCAUUGAGACCCAACAGUCUGAAGCUUCCGGGGGAAUCUGAUGGAGAGGGAGAUUCCAGAAAUAGUUCUCCAAACUCCACCAUUUCCAACAACAGCAACGAUGGCUUCGGGGGGCUCAUGAAUUUUGCUAGUAACCUGUAUAAAAACCACGGCACCAGCUUUAGUCUCUCUAGUCUGGCUCUGCCUAAUAAAGCCAGAGAGAAGAAUACACCCUUCCCCAGCCUAAAAGAAUAUUUUAAUUUUGAUUUAACAGAGGACACAGAUCAAGACGAUGGUGAUGAGAGUCCAGACAGUCCUGGUGCCCGAGCUCCCAGAGCGCUGGUUGAUCAGAAAUCCUCAGUUAUUAAACACAGUCCCACUGUCAAGAGAGAGUCUCCAUCUCCUCAGGGCAGAGCAAACAACACUAGUGAGAACCAGCAGUUUUUGAAAGAGGUGGUCCAGAGUGUGCUCGACGGACAGGGUGUGGGCUGGCUGAACAUGAAGAAGGUACGACGCCUGUUGGAGAACGAACAGCUGCGUGUCUUUGUGCUCAGCAAACUCAACCGUGCCAUCCAAUCAGAGGAGGAUGCUCAGCAGGAAAUUAUAAGAGAUGUGGAGAUCAACAGAAAGGUUUAUAAAGGCAUGCUGGACAUAUUGAAGUGCACGGUGUCUAGUUUGGAGCACUCCUACACUAAUGCUGGGCUGGGAGGCAUGGCCAGUGUGUUCAGUCUGCUUGAGAUAGCACGGACCCACUACCAAACCAAAGAUCCAGAGAAGCGGAAACGGAGCCCAACGGAGGGCGUAAGCAGCCCAGGCAGUAAGGAGAGCCCAUCGGGCCGAAUGGAGAGCGCCAGGGCAGCAGGCGUGCUACUGGUUCCCCGUAUCCAGUUGCCGCCCCCUUCCGCUGUAAAAACAUCACGGCACUUUGAUACACGGAGUCUGAAUGAGGAGAAUUUUAUUGCGUCUAUUGAAUUGUGGAGCAAGCACCAGGAUAACAGAAAGCAAAAAGCUUUGGAAAAAGAACAGAGGGCGGAUGGCACAAAGCAGCGAGUGGAAGGUGCUGAUACAGAGGAGAAGAAAUCUCAGAUCAGUGCUGAUAGUGGACUCAGUGUGACCUCUGGCUCACAGAAGAGUGACACAGAGUCCCUGGCGAGCUCCGAGCCUCCGGCUCUAAAAAGAAGCACCAGCCAGGACUCAGAGGCCAGCACAGUGGUGAGUAACAGCUCAGGUGAGACGCUGGGUGCGGACAGUGACCUCAGCAGCACUGCUGGAGAUGGCCUUACGGGCAGACACGCUGCCCAUCUCAACCUGUCCCGUGGCACACUGUCUGACAGUGAGAUUGAAACCAACCCUGCCACCAGCUCUGUGUUUGGCAAGACCCAUAAGCUGAAGCCAGGAGUAAAGGAGACUGUGGUUGUUAAUAAGGGAACGCCAGUUCCACCUCAUGAGGACUUAAGUAUGAGGAUCUAUCUGUGUGAGGGGCUGCUGGGGAGAGAUAAGAGCUCGGUUUGGGACCAGUUGGAGGAUGCUGCCAUGGAAACGUUCUCUCUGAGUAAGGAACGGUCUACACUCUGGGACCAGGUGCAGUUUUGGGAAGAUGCCUUCCUGGAUGCAGUAAUGCUGGAAAGGGAAGGCAUGGGGAUGGAUCAGGGUCCACAUGAAAUGAUGGACAGAUAUCUAUCUCUUGGCGAUCAUGACCGCAAGAGACUGGAGGAUGAUGAGGACAGAUUAUUGGCCACUCUUCUGCACAACAUGAUCGCCUACAUGCUUAUGAUGAAGGUCAGCAAGAAUGACAUAAGGAAGAAAGUUCGGCGUCUAAUGGGGAAAUCUCACAUCGGCCUCACACACAGCCAGGAGAUCAAUGAAGUCCUAGAUCGCAUUGGAAACUUGAGUUGUCGAGAACUUCCCAUUAGGCCGAGCGGCAGCCGGCACAUUAAGAAGCAGACGUUUGUUGUGCAUGCUGGGACAGAUACCACCGGCGACAUAUUUUUCAUGGAGGUGUGCGAUGACUGCAUUGUCUUGCGGAGUAACAUUGGUACAGUCUAUGAGCGCUGGUGGUAUGAGAAGCUCAUAAAUAUGACCUACUGCCCUAAGACCAAAGUAUUGUGUCUGUGGAGGAGGAAUGGCCAAGAGACACAGCUCAAUAAGUUCUACACCAAGAAGUGUCGGGAACUCUACUAUUGUGUCAAAGACAGCAUGGAGCGUGCUGCUGCACGACAACAAAGCAUUAAACCAGGUCCAGAACUGGGAGGAGAGUUUCCGGUUCAGGAUAUGAAGACAGGAGAGGGCGGUCUCCUUCAGGUCACAUUGGAAGGCAUCAACCUCAAAUUUAUGCACAGCCAGGUUUUCAUAGAGCUGAGUCACAUUAAAAAGUGCAAUACAGUGAAAGGAGUCUUUGUCCUGGAGGAGUUUGUUCCUGAAACUAAAGAAGUGGUGAUCCACAAAUACAAGACUCCUAUGGCACAUCAGAUCUGUUACUCGGUGCUCUGUCUCUUCUCCUACGUGGCGGCAGUCAAGGGGAAAGAGGCGGAGGGCAAACCCAAGAUGCUGUCCCCUCGUCCACUACCAAGCUAGUAAAGCGCACAUCUCUACUACGUUCACUUCAACCUGCUCCUGAAUUACCUGCAAUAUGUUCUUUACAACCUAACUCGACGACUAUCCUGCCAAGCUUUUAAAGACCCAAUUCUGAUUUUCAGAUGUAUUCACAUAUUCUUCCCCAUAAAGCAACAGCCUGUAUCUAUUUGAUCGCAUACUCAAUAUAUUGCUCCAAGCAUAUGGGCGCCAACCAGGACAAGAUUGAUGUCGACGUAUCUACACGCUUUUUAUUAUUUAUUUCGACCAGAGGCAUUUGCAUGCAGGUCCCUUGCCCAUCUCUUGUGAGUUGGCACUGGCAUGCAAAAGAUCAGGUGAAUGUGUUGAACGCUCGCCCCAUUCCUCCUCUGAAAUCAGUCCACAGACUCUGUAAUUACUAUUUAUGUGCUAAGUUGUACUGUAAACUCCAGUCUGUUAUGUCUGUGGUGGGUAAAAUGUUAAAAAGUCUUUGCAAUCCAGUGCUGCCACGUAUGAAGGGUUUCGCUGUAACCGCCCGCGACGAAGCAGCUGUUUUAUUCCUAAAUGUUCCAUUUGCCCUUCUUCACCUGCUGUAAAUGGUCUGAAGUCUGUAUAUCUCUUUAGCUAUGCCACGUAAGGCACAAACUACUGUACUAGCUGUAAAGAUCCCUGUCUGUGAACUGCUGUGUUAAGAUGCAUGUCACUUAAUAAGAUUUAAAAAAAUAAGAUUAACUACUGUACAUCUCACUAAAGCAAUGUUGAAAUAAUGUCAAAAAUGUCAAGACACUGUAGUUUGUUUUCUGGAUGUGCAAUACUAUCACCAGUGGGUACAAAGAACAAGUCCAGGCAUUCCUUCAGAGUUUCACUGUCCUACAGAGCUCAUCGUGUGGAUAAUAGAGAGUAAUGAAGUGGAUCAGGAAUCAGUUUUAUGUUUUCUGGUUGUUGUUGUUUUUUACACAAUAAACCAAACUGGCAUUAUUGAUUUAAAAAACGGCAGCAUUAUGAGAUCUGUUAUGACAGAAAAGUUUACCGAAGUUGCUGCUGAAACAAGAUGUUGUCUGCUCCAAAAUGUCCUAUUUAAAGUGUCUUUUCUUGCUUGUGUGUGUGAGAUUGUGUGUUUGUCUUAGAAAAAAAGAUGGCCAGAGACUAUCUGUUCAUAUGCUCAGACCAUCUCUUCAGGACUUCUAGCUGGAGUAAUACAUAUUUUACUGCUUUUUAUGUUUUGCUCUCAUUUUUAAUUGAUUUACAGUAUGAAUGUGCACACAACAAAGCGUGGUGUUUUGCUUCUCCAUAAAGUAUGCAGACUGCAGAUGGACAUGACAAGGUCACUUGCUAUCAAUAUUGCUUAGAAAUGUAAAUAGCACAAACCUGAUUUCCCCGAGGUCCAGGUCUCCAAAAACAGAUGUUGUGAGUUGGACAGUGGAUCAGGUCUGUAGUUUAAAGUGUGUGAGAGAGCUACAGAUGCACAUAUGUUUGUUUGGGUUUUCGUUUUUGUCCGUGUAUUAUUUAGAACGAGAGAGAAAGGAAAAAUCAAGAUAUUGGAUGUAAAUAUUAAAAAAAUAUUUAUAGAACCUGUACAGCUUUGGCAAUAUGAAAAUAAAAGAUGUCCAACCCAAGCAAUUUGGGUCAGUUAUUACAUGCGAAAAAAUGUCCCCAUUCAUGUCACAUAUAGUUAAAUUAUUUACAAGCUCUUACCUAAAAAAGUCAAAUACUCCUAUGAGUCAAUUAUUUAGUUUAUGUUGGGGUUGACACUUGCCAUUAUUAUUCAGAACAUUUGUAUUUUGACUCCUAAAACGAAAGGUGCUUUAUGAUGCCAUGGAUGAACCAUUGUUGGCUGAAUGGUUCCAUAAAGAGCCUUUAACAUCUGAAAACCUUUCUGUUUCAGUGGUUUCUGUUCUUUGUAAUAAUAAAAAAGGUAUGAAAGAAACUCUUCUUUUAAGAAUUAUUGACCAAAUUGUAAAUGGUAUCAAUGUGAAGAACCUUUAAAACACCUUUAUCCUCAUAAGACCCUCACUUUGGCUUGGCUUGCAUUUUAGAUUUCUUCCAGGUACUGUAUUUGGGGUUAGGGAGAACCAAUAAAUUUAACCAA